GCGUCCCUUUUUGACAGCGUUGAAGGUGCUACUCAACAAGGCGGAGGUCAAGCUAGUUUUCGCUUGUAGUUCGCUUCUUAAAGGUCCGCCAUGAAAGCCAUCAGUCCCGUCCGCUCGGUGAGGAGCUGCUACAAGGCCGUGUGCUGCAUCUCGGAGCACAGCGUGGCCAUCAGCCGGAAUAAACACGCGUGUGUGGACGAGCCAUCCGGUGCUCUGUGCGACAUGAACGACUGCUACUCCCGCCUCAAGGCGCUCGUCCCCAGCAUCCCUCAAAACAAGACGGUGAGCCAGGUGGAGAUCCUGCAGCACGUCAUCGACUACAUCUUCGAUCUACAGAUCGCCCUGGAGGCGGAGGAGCCACAAAUGCUUUUGUCCAUAAAGGCUGCUGACCUCACCAGAACUUUCUCUAAAGAUGGACGCUUGUGCCAUUAGGAUGUAUCAUUAUGGUGCAGGGAAACACAUGUCUCCACUUCACUCCAGGCAAGAGGACAAGAGGGGCAGAGAGGGUGGGAUAGGUAUGUGGGAGAGUGGAGGAGAAAAGAUGGAAAGAGCUGACUCUUUUCCGCCUUUUUUUUUUUUUGCUUCAGGAUGGACACAACAACACACCAAAGCCUCAAUUUGGAAACAUCCCGAUACAUUGAAUUGUUUUGUUUUUUUGCAUUACAUUCCAAAUUGUAAACGCAUUCACUCUCGCAUGAAUCGGCCGCUGUUACACCGCCAUUCAAAAUGUGUACAUAUCGACUUGGUAGGGGUAUAUGUGAGGGUUUUUUUGUUUAUUUUUUGCCAAAUAGGUUUUUUAUGAUAAUCCAAACUCUAUAAUAGAGUUACUUGUAAAUGUCUGUGGGGAUUGUUUUAUUUCCACAGACACUAUUCAGUGAGUUUUAUAAACUCUUUAUUGUUAAGUAUGUGUGGUUAUGUCACGAAAUAAAACGUUCGACAACAAAAUGA